GGUCCGCCCCGGCUCCGGAGCGCACUUCCGCUCGCCCUGGGACAGGCUGUCCUGCGACUGCAUUUGGCUUCCACAGGGCGGGGGAGUGCGCUCUGCAGCUCCUGUCCUGAGCUCUCCGACCAUGCCCGCGGGCGCGUCCUGGCCCAGCUACCUGAAAAUGUUGGCGGCCAGCCUCCUGGCCAUGUGCGCGGGGGCCCAAGUGGUGCACAGGUACUACCGGCCCGACCUGUCAAUACCUGAAAUUCCACCAAAGCCUGGAGAGCUCAAAACGGAGCUUUUGGGACUGAAAGAGAGACAACCUGAGCCUCAAAUUUCUCAGCACUAGAAACUUCGGAAUGCAGUGGUGCCAAGAAUUCUGUGAAUACCAAGUCUUAAAUACGUAUUUUCUUAAUUUAUUUGAGUCAAACUAUGUGUCCUGAAGCACCCAAUUCAGGGCUAACUGCAAGGAGAGGUGCUGCAUUGAAACUGAUCUGGCGAACUUUCACUAAGGUUUGACCAAUGUCUCAUGAAAACUGCCAAACUACAUAUCCUUUUACUGAUUUAUUUCUCCAAAUUAGCUUGAGUGUAAUGGCAAAUGAGAAUUAUAAAUUAAAUAUAAUAAAAAUCAUACUGACAGUGAAUGUUUAUGGGAUAUAAGUAUUUCUCCAAAUAUUGGGAAGUACACUUUGUACUACAUUGUAUCAAAAUGUUUAAAGUUUGAGGUUCUUUUGUAAUUGUGUAGGUAACAAAAUUAUAACAUUUGUGACUUGCUCUGUCAUAAGGUCCUUAACCACCAAUUUG